CUUCAGCGGAUUAAAAGAAACAGAGAAAGGGCUUAUGAUGGUUUUUUUCCUCCGAAGCCCAAACUACUUCGCCAACCUUCCCUCUCCCCCCGCAAUCAAAACUCUGCACUCGGCGACUAUCGCGCCCGACGGUGAAAAAUGGAGCGCAGCUCGGAUUUCGCAGAGCCCGUUAUCGAUAUCCUAAGGAGCAGAGGUUGGUGUUUCCCGGAGGAGGAGCAAGUUAGAAUUCUGAUCACGAUAAGCUCCGCUUUGGUUGACGAUGGAGACACAUAUAGGAUCGCUGAUUCAGUGGAGGCGGAGCUACUGAACAUGGACAUUAGAUCAAUCGGAGCCAAAUCCCUGCCCGACCCGACCCAACUAAAAAAGUCUUCUCGGCUUCAAGGCCCCAGAGUCCUCCAGGCAACUCUCUUUUCCCCUCUCCUAGUAUUAAGAUUAACACUUACAGAUGGGCAAUCUGAGAUAACAGCAUUGGAGUACUUUCACAUACCAUCAAUUCCCACGGAUGUUGUUCCUGGCACUAAGGUGCGUCUGGAAAAUAAAGCUGCAAUAAAUAGUGGUAUAUUAUGUUUGAUUCCAGAAGUUGUGACAGUUUUAGGAGGUGUUGUUCAAUCACUUUAUGAAGAAUGGCAGAUGAAGAAGAAAUAUUCCACUUUCUCCCGUUCAUCUGCAAGGCUAGUGCAUGAAACUGAGAUUGGUGGUCCUCCUCGAUUCGAGAAGUUGCAAGUUGGGACAACUAAACAACAAUCUGCUUAUCAGGGAAAACCUUCUUAUUACUCUGGGGUUAUUUCCAAAGUCGGUGUGCCUACAGCCUCAGAAACUGUUGGAAGUGGUGAAGCUGGUCAAACUAGCAGACAACACAGUAUUCAUUUGAAAGCAGAUAACAUGAACAGUGACACAAGAACUUGUUCCGCUAAAGAACGAGCUGAAGAGAAGCCAAGCAGCUCUGAGACAAGAGUGAAGGAAGUAACUGAAUCUGUUCCUGUCCAAAACCAAGCGGCUUCUCAAAAACUCCUCCAGAAGAUGAAUCAACCAAGCCAGGAUGGCCAAUAUUUUAGAGGUCGAAGGCAUAAGGGGAAGGGAAAACAAGAAGAGCUAGCAGUUUUCACUCUAGAUGAGUGGGAAAAAAGAAAAGCCGGGGCAAUGCCUGUAAAGGAAAAUGUUCUGCUAGAUACAAGUCAUGAUGAGUAUCUAGCAUGGCAGCUUCAAAACCAACUUGAUCUGGAAGAUUCUCAUGUUCAGAGAAUGCAUGGCACUGAGGCAGAGAAUAUUAAAAUAAACAUGUUUAAUUAUGAGAAAAGAGAUGAGGAUAUGUUUACUGGAAGAGAACAUCGAGGGAGAGGUAGGGGAAGGGGAAGGGGCAGGGGCAGCAGAGGAAGAGGGAGGGGACGGGGAAGAUUUGGUUGAGUUGCCUUCUCUGGUAACCCACCUUGUAAACUUGCAAAAUCAAUACAGUUUUCUCUUUCACCUUAACGACCUAA